AUGUCGUCUAGAGACGGAGAUCCGCUAAUUCUUGAUAAGCCGCAGAAAGCUUUUGCCGCACUGCAACGCAAGUUUGAAUCCCUGACCAAAGAUGAUAUCGAGACAUUAGAAGGGAAACUAAACCGCAUCACGCAAGAACGAAAUGAAUUUUACGCUAGUCUUAUCAGUCGUCUCAACACGUCAUUUGUGAAAUUCAAGAAACGCCUGAGGUUCGAAGUCCAAUGGCAGCCUACGGCAGGCUGUAAACGACGAUAA